ACUAACCCACGCAAUGCAGGUGACUUCUGCAAUAGACGCAGUAUAAAAUGCAGUCCAAGCGAGGAUCCGCUAGGUCGCUGUCAGAAUUGUGUCGAUUUUGAUGUGUCGUGCACCUUUAAUCGCCCGGCGAAACGCCGGGGCGUCAAGGCCGGCACUCGCUUUAGUAGUAGUGACGUUCAACUCGGGAGGGAAUCGGUCGAUCAUGGUGUCCCUUCCUCAACAGCAUCUGGAUACCGAGAAAGAGCCUCCGCAUCUCCCGCUUCUCGAAGUUCCUACCGUUUGUCAGUCUCUGGCGACCCCUGGCCUACUUUCAACCCGGGUUGGUUGGCAAGAGAGGGUGAUGACGAAGAUGCGGCGCUGCGCAGUUCGUGGAAAGCAUUUGCCAUUGCGUGUGACCGGCAAAUAAUGAACUUGGUCCAAGUUUAUUUCGAGAUCGUCUAUCCAAUGUAUGGCCCAUUUCCAUUAUUUCACAAGCCGUCGUUUAUCGAGAAGAUCAAUCGCAAGGAGCAUCUCCGCAACCAAGGGCUUUUUGCCUCAACGAUGGCGGUUUGCUCCUUGGUCUCCGGUCGUGCGCGUGACGGUGCAUUGUACUCAAAUAAGUGGCAUCGAGAAGAGCUCAUGGAUCCACCAUCCGAAGCCUUCUAUGCAGCAGCGAGGGACUCUAUUCCUCGAGAUCUUGUGGCUGCUAAAGGAAUUAAUUAUAUGCGUGCUUGUGCCAUUCUUGCUAUUGCCAGCAUUCAGAAUGGUCAAAUCAAAUGCAUGCAGAAGUAUUCUGGGCUGUAUCACACGCUGACGUCGAUGGAGGGCCUUCAUGACGAAAAGCUUUGGCCAAAAGAUUUAAGUCCCAUUGAAAUCGAAGAGCGUCGGAGACUGUUCUGGUCAAUCUAUACCUUAGAUAUCUAUGCAAGUGUUGUGUGGGGAGGCGUUAUUCGAUACCGCGAGGCCCAUUCAUUGGUGCGCUAUCCGACUGAAGUGGAUGACGAAUUCAUCACAAGUCAAGGCUAUAGCGUGCCACCAAUAUCACCGGAAGCAACAUCCUUUCCUCCAGGCGAAGCCACCGUGGUAUCCCACCAGCCUGUGAAUUGGCUGCGUGGUUGGAACUUUACCACAGACCUUUAUCGCAUCCUUGAGCACGUUAUUGAUGGAAACAGACGGCGAUUUUCUUCAGUAAAUGGGACUACACAAGUCUGGUCUCUAUUCAGCCCAACAUCCAUGUCGGAACCAAUCGUUAUGGAUAAAGUCCUCACUCUGUACUCUGUACUUCCGUCACAGUUUCGAGAGACGCCGCCAAUUACAGGAGACAUGUCUAAGGACUUGUUUGGAUUCCAGUCCGCCAAUAUCCAGGCGACACUACAGCUCCUUCGCAUGGUCCUUCUGUCUGCGGAAGAGAUUGGCGUCGAGCGAAAAUGUGACGUUGCAGGAGAACUGCUCAGCGUAUUUUCGAAUGUACCAGUGGAGUAUCUGAAAGCGAUCAACUCCCCUCUGCUUCAUCACCUCGGCGGUAUCGGUUAUAUCCUUGGGUCUGUCAUGGAGGGAAACCUGUGUGAAGCAUCAUACAUCCGGGUUCGCACACUACUUCUUGAAAUGGCAAAUUUACUUCAACGUCUCGAGACUGGCCUCCACCGAGCUGCCGGCACCAGCGAACGACUACGGUCUCAGGUUGAUCGACUAGACGCUUAUAUGCGUGCCUCGAGGAUGUUAGAUCUUACAGCAGCAAGCAACGCGAUGCAAGUAUCAGACACAAAGGCCGAACUUGCUCUUCCCUCAGCAUAUCCACAGGCCAACCCGCCCGUCGGAACCACACCUGCUGCUGGCUUCGACCAGAUGCCACAAUUCCAGCUGCCACCAGAACUGUUAGCAGAUUGGCCAUGGCCGUUUGAUUCUUCCAAUUCCGAGGGAUUUUUUCCUCUGCCGUUUGAAUGA